AUGCGGCGGAGGCCUGGGGUGGGGAAGUCCCCCGCCGCUCUGUGGCGCUGGCGUCGGGUGUUGUGUUAUGCCGUUGUGGUGUCGCUGAUCGUCAGUGUGGGUCUCGUCUCGGUCGGCGUGUGGAUGUGUUUCCCCGAGGAGGCGGUUGCGGCCGGCGACGCGGCGGCGACUCUGCGGCUGCGGCUGCAGUUGUCGGAGUCGGCGAUGGCGACGCGGCGUGGCUGCGACAAGCCGCGGCGCAGUUUUGAGCCCCUCGGGGAGUUUCGUUUUUGGGGCCGCACGAUGAAUGCGUCGUGGCCGUGCCCGACGGCGGGGAUGAACAACCAGCUGAUGCUGCUGAUGGGGCGGCUGCACUGCCUCGCGGCGCGGGAGGCGCGGAGUUUUGCCGCCGCCAGCGCCGGAGGGCCGAGGCACAUUUCUAUUUUCAAGUGGAAAGAUGUCUCAUGUACGCCGAUGGGCGGGAAGGAGGGAAGGCGCCGCUACGCCGUGGGCGGGGACGACUACACGUACACCUGGUUCCGCUGGAGCGAGCUGCUGCAGUUUGACGACUUUCGUGUGUGGCGCGGAAGCGGUGGCGCGGUGGGGCCCGCGGAGGUGACGUUGGGUCCUCUCGACAACGCCGACGCCGCGCCACGGGCCGCCGAAGUGCAUGUCACGCGGGUGUGUCUCUCCGACGCGUACGGCUGGAGUGAGCAGCCGUCGCUGUCGACGUGCCCGGCGUCGGUGGACCACAUUUGGGGUACCGCGGUGUACUGGGACCUCCGCCGCGCGCUGCGGCCGCAUGCGUGGUUUGAGCGGGCUGCGGUGGCCUUUUUGCGGCGGCGCGGCAUAGCCCCCUCGCCGUCGCAGCAGCACAUGCACGCCGUGAUGUCCCUCCACGUUCGCCGCGGCGAUUAUAAAAAGUUUUGCCGCGAAAAUGAGCACGGGAGGGGACGUCGUAAGUAUCGCGUGCCGCCGUUUGUGUAUUUGAAGCGCUGGCGUCACGUCAACUCCACCAUCGUGGGCAAGAACUUCUGGGAGGAGUGUUACCCCUCCCUGCAGCACAUCGUCGCAACCGUCGCAAAGGUGACGCACGCGCACGCGCACAUCACCAAGGUGAUGCUGAUGACUAACGUCGCGGGCUUUCGGGCGCAGCUGGCGGUCGCGCUGCGGCAGCUACCUGCCACGCGACAUCUUACGCUUCUGUCGUUUGUGGCGGCCUCCGCGGAUGACAAAGCGAGAGACACAGACGCGGGCUCUCGUCAUGCUGGGCUUGCGGGCGUGGGGGAAGUGCCACCGUCGUACUGGCCGCGUCGCGUCGCAUACUACACGAAAGCUGAGGCCGCAUGGAUGGACAUCACCCUUAUCUCCCUGGCGGAGGUGAUGGUGCUCAACCGCUACAGCACAUUUAGCCACUCCGCUGUUGACCUGCAUAUUCUGCGAGAGAAGCGGCUGGCAGCAAAACUCCUCUGGUGGUGA